AGAGCCUUAUUUCAAUGAAGUCACUGGUAUCUGUUGGUUGCCUUUAUCUCUCCGUCCUGGUGAGUGAAAUCUGCUUCUGUCUUACAAAGGUAGCUGAGGAUCUGACAAUAAAAUACCACUGAACCUUCGGUAAACACAGCAGCAGCCACAUGCUCUGCGGGGAUGGACGUUCUUUGUAAGAAGUUGGUUUUAAGAUAAGGUGCAAACGUUAUUUGUUCUUUGUUUUUUGACUAUGUUGCGCGGGCUUAUAAGUGCACAUAAGUUUCCUGCUCUGGACUGGAAAUACUGGCGUUAGGAAAAGUUGUUUCACUCGUCUUGAACUGCGCUCGAAGGACAUAAUGAAUAAUCAAUCGAUGACAGGGAGGACCAUGGUCCCGACCAUUCCGUCUAUUAUGUUCAUUUUCGGGGUGGUUGGGAAUGUCAUCGCCAUCGUGGUUCUUUGUAAAUCUCGCAAAGAACAGAAAGAGACCACCUUUUACACUCUGGUGUGUGGACUGGCAAUCACGGACCUGCUGGGCACGCUGCUAGCCAGUCCGGUCACCAUCGCCACAUAUGUGAAAGGAUCCUGGCCCGGAGAGGACCCGCUGUGCCAGUACUUUGGAUUCACUCUGCUUUUCUUCUCUCUGGCGGGACUCAGUAUCAUCUGUGCCAUGUCGGUGGAGAGGUACAUCGCUAUAAACCAUGCCUACUUCUACAAUGACUAUGUGGACCAAAAACUGGCGGGUUUGACUCUCUUAGCGAUCUACAUCUCCAACGCGCUUUUCUGCGCUCUGCCGAUUAUCGGCUUUGGACAGGUGAAGAAACAAUACCCGCAAACUUGGUGUUUUUUAGAGUGGAGGAGCAACAAGACCAGCGAUGCCGCCUACUCCUAUAUGUAUGCAGGGUUCAGCUCUCUCCUUAUCCUCGCCACUGUUAUAUGUAACGUGUUGGUGUGCGCGGCUUUGAUUCGGAUGCACCGGCGUUUCGUACGCAGGAUGUCUCUGGGAACCGAUCUGGGGCGCAACGUGGACCCGCGGAGGAGAGGACGCAGCUUUGGGCGUCUGGCCGGUGCAGAGAUUCAGAUGGUCAUUCUGCUCAUAGGCACAUCGGCAGUGGUGCUUAUCUGCUCCAUACCACUUGUUGCUCAGGUGUUUUUGAACCAGCUUUAUAAGACUCCAGUGGAACUACGGUUGGACAAAAACCCUGAUCUACGAGCGAUACGCUUCGCCUCCUUCAACCCCAUUCUUGACCCCUGGAUCUACAUCCUGCUCCGCAAGGCUGUUCUCCUCAAGCUCAUCGAGAAAAUCAAGUGCUUAUUUUGCAAGAUAGGAGCACGGAGACAGCAGAGACAGGGAAACUUCAACUGUAUAGAUGCUCAACAACUCUCCUCAGUCACCUCUAAGCGAGACUCAAAUUCUAUGGUUUCCCAUGACCUGCGAGACAUCACCAUCAGCUCCCAGACCUUCCUCUACCUGCCAGAGGGGAGUGAGGUGUACACUGGAAGCUGUUAUAAAGCAGACAGACUCUCUGGUUCACAACCUUCAUCGGUCAGAAACUCGCAAGCUUCUUAUUCAUCUGAGCAGGGAAGCGUUGAGGCUCAGAGUAGACAAGGAAUAAAUGCAAUCAGGAACCCUACAGCCCUGCCAUGCCCAAAAGACCCAGCACUUCAGGUGUCAUUAAACACUGAGACAGUGGAGGAGAAAUGCAUCUGAGUUAACUCUAAAUUAGGAGACAGUUCUCAGAUCGCUCUGAGGUAGAUUGUCUACUGACGUGACUUCUCCAAAAGUGAACUUGGGGGGAGGCACAUGAAAAUAAUAAAUGUCAAGUCGGGCACAUGAAGCAAGAAAGAAAAAGAAACUUGAAGUGCUGUGAGCUCUAUCGUCCUGUGGUCUCUGUUUCAGCACCCAGCUACCUCAAGUCAUGACUGUCUCUGACUGUUUGAGCAGAUUCUAUCAUUUUGCGUGGAACAGAUGUUGUUCAAACAGAGAUGACCCACUUCUUCAUGACUCAAGUGUCAGUGAUGGAAAAGAUACCCUUGCUAAUUUCAGCUACUUUGUUCAAUCGUUGUGGAAAUCUUUACUGUUAACUAGAUGAAGCCAGUAGUUUAGAAUAAUUGAGUCACAAACUUGUGGUCAAUAUGGUAAAUGAAAACAGUAUUGAAUGUGAUCCGUAUGAGUAAUCACUGGCAUGUGUGCUGCCAUUGUAAGGAUUGAUUUGUUUAACAAACUCUAUUGUGCAGUGCUUUUUGAAGGACAUAUUGUGUUAGUUCCAUGACUAAUACAGUGCAGUAUUAUUAUGUGGUGAACACCAAAGUUUUUAUUCCUCAGCCCUGGAAUACACACAAAUAUGUCAUCUCAAAUAAUUGUUUUCCAUUUUACAAUGAGGGUACAAAUAUUCCUGUGCCAUAGUUAUUAAUACCAAACUAUUUAAAAUCUGACUGGGAAUGUUGAAUGUUUUUUCCGCAGCUCCAGAAAGUGUGGUGUAAAGCAGUGGACAGAUGUUGCUUAAUAUGGAGUUUUAGGAUGAAGAUAUUUAAACACACCUGUCAGCUUGAGAUCAAUGUUGUGUAAAAUAUUGUUUGUAAUAAAAUUAUUCUUCUCUAAGAGAAGGUUCUAGUUAAUAAAUCAACUCUUAAGGGACUAUCCACCCAAAAUAAGUAUUUGUGCUCAUUUAUUAAAUAUAUAACACAUUUAAUUUGAUCAAUACUCAUGCUCAUGAAUUGCUAGUUUGGCAUUUUUGCUUGAAAGCGACAAUUAAUUGCCGGGAGUCGACUAAUUGUUUUGGCUCUAGUAUCAAUUAGACAAAAAAAAUCUAAAGUAACAUAAUUCUUAAUCCCUAAAAUGAAAUGUUCAAAAAGUUUAUUUUGUCAAACAAGGAAUGAUGAUUCAUGUUAUCCUCAAGUCAGUUUUUGGUUCCUUUUCUGUGCCACAUUUUUUCCAGUGGCAGAAUUCCCCUUUUAAUGCCUUAUAAUGUUAAAUUGACACCUUCAGCUGCUGUCUUUAUCAAACUACAUAAUAGACUGAACUUUUGAACUCCUUUCCACUCAAAUGAGCUUUAUGUCUUAAUUUCAGCAGCUUGAAAGCAGUCUACCUCCUUUUCCCUGUUAUUAAAUCGGCUCCAGCUUGUUGCUUAA